CAAAGCAAUUGUUUCGUCGCCUGAAAAAAAGAGUAUGGCAAUCCAAAAUAUUGUCCCGUUUGAUAGAAGAUCAAAAUAACAUAAAAAAACAUUUCACUUGACAAAUGAAUAAAACAAAUUUUGUAUAAAUUUACAUAUCAGUCUAAAUACAAAAUUUCUAGUUAUGAACGAUAGUAAUCGCGCCGAUGUUACCGGACGUCCGGUGGUAACAACCGAGAAUCAAGCCACUAGUAUAAUCGAAAAAAUUGCAUUUGUGAGUUCGUUCAUUUUGUUUUUAGUGUUGUUUCCGAUUUCCAUAUUCGUCUGUCUGGUUGUGAUGGUGGAAUUCCAACGUGCUGUUGUGUUCCGUUUGGGACGCUUAAGGAAAGGUGGUGCACGCGGUCCGGGUAUAUUUUUCAUAUUACCCUGCAUAGAUAAUAUCGUCACUGUCGAUUUGCGUACGGCUGCAAUUGAUGUGCGGCCGCAGGAGGUGCUUACAAAAGAUUCAGUGACAGUGACACUUGACGCUGUCAUCUACUACAGAAUACAGGAUCCGCUACGCGCGGUAAUACAGGUGGCAAAUGUUAUGUCCUCGACUAUGCUCUUAGCACAGACGACGCUACGAAAUGUUGCCGGCACAAAAAUGUUGAUGGAACUGUUGGCCGAUAAAGAGUCCAUUUCCAAAGCUAUCGAGGAUAUUUUGGAUAUUGCAACCGAUCCUUGGGGUGUCAAGGUGGAACUGGUUGAAAUCAAAGACGUUCGCCUUCCCUUUUCGCUGCAACGCGCUAUGGCCGCCGAAGCGGAGGCGACACGUGAGGCCAAAGCAAAAAUUGUAGCUGCUGAAGGUGAAUACAAAGCGUCGGCUGCGCUGAAGCAAGCUUCCGAUAUAAUCGGAGUGAAUCCAAUUGCAUUACAGUUGAGAUAUCUGCAAACAAUGAACACAAUUGCGGCGGAACACAAUACCACAAUCAUAUUUCCGUUUCCGAUUGAGCUCAUGGACAUUUAAGUAUGUUAAUUGAAGUAUGGAACGAGGUGAUAUGUAAUGAUGUAUAUAAUGUAUGUGCGAGUAUAUUAAAUGUGAAGUGAAACUA